UUUCAUCUUUUUGUCUUUGCUUCAACACUCACCAUAGAUACCGCUGACGGCCGAAUAGCUCUCUUCUUGUUUGCUGAAGCAAUGUCCCCCAAAACCAAAUCCCGCUUAGUAGACCAGCCUCCUUCUGUAUCCUCAUCUGAAGAACAAGAACAGGUUGAAGAAUCCCGGGAAGAAGAAGAACAACAAUCGGGGGAGGAAGAAGGAGAAGAAGAAUCAGGGGAAGAAACUGAAGAACCCAAGACAGCACAUCCUGUUGUAAAGAGACCCAUCACUCAGAAACUCCAAUUUUCUUCUGAGUCCGGCAGUGAGAAUCGGUCAGGAUCCGAAUCGGAAGCGGAAUCGGGCCAUUCCCUGCCUUCCCCUUCUGCAUUGGACUUCACCGUCAAGCCCAGUGUUCCUGCUAAAGCUGCUGUCCCAUCGAAACCAGCAGCAAAGAGGCAGCAAGAUACCCAGACAGAGAAAGGGAGGAAGAAGCCCAAGAUUGCAGAAGAAGAGGAGAACAAAUCAGCUGCUACUCCUCGCAGUCUAUGGAGCGAUGACGACCAGCUUGCUCUACUCAAAGGGAUUGCUGAAUACAAGGCGGUAGAAGGAAUGGAACCUAAAGCCGAUAUGCCUGCGUUUCAUGAAUUCAUCAGAGGGAAGUUGCAGGUUGAAGUUUCAAAGAGUCAACUCAGUGAAAAGCUAAAGAGGUUAAAGAAGAAAUUUUUGACUAAUGUGAAAGGUGGCGAGGAGCCAGUUUUCAUGAAGGGUCAAGAUUUUUUAGUUUUUCAGCAUUCAAAGAGGAUUUGGGGUGCCCCUGGAACUAGUAAUGGAGUUAAGGAGAUUGUUACCAAUAGCACUAAUGGCAAAGCUAAAAAGGCUGUUGAGGUUAAGAUGAGUUCUGAACCUAAGAAAAGUGCUAAAGUUAGCAAACCCAAGGAUGAUGAGAAUCAUAAGGAAGCUGUAAAAGAGGUGGUUAAGGAGGAUAUAGUUAAGGGUGAUCAACAGGAUUUCCAGUCCGAAUAUCCACGAUUGGCUGCGUCAUUUGAAAGUAUGGCUGGCAUGUCUACAAUGUAUCCAAAUGGUACUAGUUUUUUGAAGGAGAAGAUGAGUUUGAUUGCUACUGACAAGGCUAAAGUGUUGGAGGAGAAGUGGAAGAAAUUGGAGGAUGACGAAGCUGCCUUGAUGGUGAGGCGCUUAGAUUUGAUUGCGGAGCAUUACAGAUUGGUGGUUGAUGCAAUGAGAGGUUCUUCUCUAAAUGUCAAGAGUGCAUCUUCUGUAAAUGAUGCUGAUCCUCAUAAAUCUUCCGAAGCAGACGCGGAACUGUCAAAACCUGAGAUGAAUGCAAAUGCUCAUGCACCAUUACCUCAUCCUCCAGGAAAGUCUGCACCUCCACCUCCUGGUCCUCAACCAUCUCUUACUCCUAAACCACCUACUCCUUGCCCACCUCCACCUUCAAAAGUUUGCCCUCCUAAUCCACCAAAACCUGGUAAUUUUCCAAAGUCUUUACCUCUUCAAGCACAUCAGAGAGGAUGUUCUUCUGAGACCAGGGGAAGUGACUCAUUGGAUCUGAUGCUCCUAAAACAAAAUUAACACCAUUUUUUUGGGACCAGGUUCUUGCUAACCCUGACCACUCUAUUGUUUGGCAUGAAAUAAAAGCCGGCUCAUUCCAGUUUAAUGAGGAGAUGAUGGAUUCUUUGUUUGGAUACAUACCAGGAGACCAAGGGAAAGAUGAUUGAAGAGAAGCUACCUUAUCCUUUAAUCAAACCUCACAGUACAUUCAGAUUAUUGAUCCUAGGAAAUCACAAAAUCUAGCAAUUCUCCUCAAAGCAUUAAAUGUGGCAACAGAAGAAGUUUAUGAUGCUCUCAAGUAGGGGUGGCAAAUGGGUGGAUUGGAUCGGAUUUGGAUGGAUUGACUUAAAAUGGAUUGAUCACAAUCCACCCAUAUAAAAUAUGGGUAAAUAUGGAUUUGGUCAAAUAUGGUUUGGCAAAAUGGUUGUAACCCACUUUAAUCUCUUAAAGCCAAAAAAUAUUAAAUCAAAGCUAAAUUGUCAAAGAGUAAACUCCAUGACAAGGUAAGGAGGUUAAAGAAGAAAUUUUUGACUAAU